GAAUUAAGAGUGUGUGUUUUGAUUACUGUGUCUUUCUCGGGUCUCUCUCCGGGAUUUUUGUUUUUACCUUGUUUAUUUUAGUAAAUAUGGCUAAUCGGACUGUAAAAGAUGCACAGUCUGUAAGAGGCACGAAUCCCCAGUAUCUAAUUGAAAAAAUUAUUCGCUCUCGUAUUUAUGACGCGAGAUACUGGAAAGAAGAAUGUUUUGCUCUGUCUGCGGAAUUGUUAGUAGAUAAAGCAAUGGAAUUAAAAUGCGUUGGUGGAGUGUAUGGUGGCAAUAUAAAACCCACUCCAUUUCUCUGCCUUGUUCUCAAAAUGCUUCAGAUUCAACCGGAGAAAGAUAUAGUUAUCGAAUUCAUUCGUCAGGAAGAUUUUAAAUAUGUUCGUGCAUUAGGGGCAUUCUAUAUGCGAUUAGUAGGAACUUCUUUGGAUUGUUAUAAAUAUCUGGAACCACUGUAUAACGAUUAUCGUAAAUUACGGAAGCAAAAUCGUCAAGGGCAUUUUGAAGUUGUGCAUAUGGACGAGUUCAUAGAUGAGCUUUUGCAUGAAGAAAGACUGUGUGAUGUCAUACUUCCGCGUAUUCAAAAGAGACAUGUUUUAGAAGCUAACAAUGAGUUAGAACCCAGAAUCAGUGCUCUAGAAGAUGAUUUAGACGAACCAGAAUCAGAAGAAGAAGAUCUUAAAGAAAAUAUAUCUAAUGCUGUUCAUGAGAAACCACGCUCGAAAACAACUGAAUCAUCUAGGAAAGAUAAGUCGUCCGAAUCACGUCGAAGGCACAGUCCAUCACCACACAGGCAUCGUUCCAGGCAUCAAGAAAGAGAGAGCAGAAGGCAUCAUCGUAGUAGGUCCCGAGAAAAACACCACUCUAAAAGAGAUACUGAAAGGAGACAUCGUUCAAGGUCUCCUCGGAAAAAACGUGAUUAUGACAGAAAAACAAGUCAUUAUAGUAAGCAUUAACUUUACAUAUGCAGCAUUAACUUUACAUAUGUCAUGUAUUGUGCUGAUUACUUACAUUUGACUUUUGUAUAUCUUUUGAUUCAUUAAAAAGUAAAUUCCACUUCAUGCAUUAUUUACUGUGAGAAUCAAUGGCAUCGGAGGAUAUUAUUUUUUAAUAACAAGUCUGUUAUUUUGGCUGUUACAAUGAAAAUUUUAUGAAGUGAAAUUGAUAAUCUCUUUUAAAGUCUAUAUAGAUAAAAUGUUAUUCAGGUUAAUAUUUUUGUAUCCCAGUUCUGCCAAUUUGUAUCAAAUGCAUAAUGGAUCAGAUUCACUGUAUAUCAGGAGACAGAAAAGACCUUUUCUGAUUUCCUAAGUUUUAUUGUUCAUCAGAAAAUAUUACUUUUCCAUUAUGCACCUGCCAUGUUUAUUGGUGUGUGUGAAAUAGAAGCCAAUCACAGAUGUUGGAUCUCGCUGUGUCUUUCAUGUGAGCUAAAAAGCAUGGCAGUUGCAUAAUAGGAUAGCAUCUAGAAAAUAUUUGAUUUUCACCAUAGUGAAAUUAGAUACUCAUAGUUAUUAAUUACCAAUAUGAAUGUUAAAAGCAUUGCACCUGUACUAGGUGAAAAUAAAACAUUGAAAUUUCCAUGAUA